AUGGGACUGUGCUGUGUAGUAACCGGCGGCUGCAUCAUAUUAAUUCACUGGAGGAAGAAGCUGCAGCGGGAGAAGCGUGCCCAGCAGUGGGUUGAAGUGAUGAACGCUUCCACCUUCAUUUACAGUCCAGUCUUGUACUGGAUCAAUAUGCAGAAACGCCAUGGUAUCGAUGCAACUAUUCAAAUAGGCCCUCCCACAGCUGUUACCAUCAGUGAGAUGAAAGACCAUAUUCCACAUUGUCUGUGGGAGUCAACCACCCCUGAAGCCAGGGGUUAUGGCCUCAGGGGCCGCAUGCGCAGGGCAGAGACCCCUGGAGCUAUGAAAGCUGCUCUGGAGGUCUCAGGGCAACCCGUGUCUAAUCGGAUACCACAGCACCACACCACACCCCCAUUCCCGAUUCCCAUCUUUCAAGAGAUACCCUUUGCCCCACCCCUCCACAAAAUGCCUCCCAUGUUGGAACGCACUGUCUCCUACCCAUUGGACAACUUUCCUGAAAGGAAUGUUCACUACCAUUCCCUUCCCACACUGGCCUUUGAAUGA